GCAAGCGCAAGGGCCGGUGCAUAGAGUUAAAGACCCACAAAUAGCCAUGGAUAGAAGAGGUGGGGGAGAGACAGAAAAUGGUGAACCUUUCCUUGACCUGAAGAAGCUGCCAGCCUCAAAAUCCCCACAUCGUUACACAAAAGAGGAACUUUUGGACAUUAAAGAGCGCCCUCACUCUAAACAGCGGCCUUCAUGCCUUUCUGAAAAGUAUGACAGCGAUGGCGUCUGGGAUCCUGAGAAGUGGCACGCGUCCCUUUACCCAACCUCAGGGCGAAACUCUCCGGUAGAAAACUUCAAGAAAGAGCUGGACUUGGAGCGGCCCCUGAUGCGGAAGGCAGCAGAUCCAAGAGAGCGGGUAAAAGAAGAUGAUUUAGAUGUUGUUCUAAGUCCCCAGAGACGCAGUUUUGGAGGGGGCUGUCAUGUCACGACCUCAGUCAGCUCCCGGAGAUCAGGGAGCCCCUUGGAGAAGGACAGCGAUGGCGUCCGCAUGAUCGGAGGCCGUAGGAUUGGCAGUGGAAGGAUCAUCUCUUAUAAGGACCACCGCAGUGGGGAUAAAGACUUGAGGGACUGCCGAGACUCGAGAGACCGGGAGAGAGACUACAAGGAUAAGCGUUUCAGGAGAGAAUUUGGAGACAGCAAGCGUGUCUUUGGAGAGCGCAGAAGAAAUGAUUCCUAUACAGAAGAGGAGCCUGAAUGGUUUUCUGCCGGACCCACGAGUCAGUCUGAGACCAUUGAGCUCACGGGCUUUGAUGACAAGAUUCUGGAAGAAGAUCACAAAGGGCGAAAAAGAACGAGACGACGUGCACCAUCGGUGAAGGAAGGAAUAGUUUCAGAAUUCAAUGGAGGCGUUGCAGAAGAGGAUGAAGUGGAGGUCAUUCUUGCCCAGGAGCCCGCUGCAGAUCAGGAAGUGCCCAGGGAAGCAGUGCUGCCUGAACAGUCGCCAGGAGAAUUUGAUUUUAAUGAGUUCUUUAACCUUGAUAAGGUGCCAGGCCUGGCCUCGAUGAUAGAAGAUGUUCUAGGAGAAGGUUCCGUCUCUGCCAGCAGAUUUAGCAGGUGGUUUUCAAAUCCCAGUCGAUCGGGAAGUCGCUCCAGCAGCCUCGGCUCGACGCCCCAUGAAGAAUUGGAGAAACUUGCAGGUUUAGAACAAGCAAUUCUGUCUCCGGGCCAGAACUCAGGAAAUUACUUUGCUCCUAUACCAUUGGAAGACCAUGCUGAAAACAAAGUAGACAUUCUAGAAAUGCUCCAGAAGGCCAAAGUGGACCUAAAGCCGCUUCUCUCCAGUCUUUCUGCCAACAAGGAAAAGCUGAAAGAGAGCUCACAUUCAGGGGUCGUACUCUCAGUGGAAGAGGUGGAAGCAGGGUUGAAAGGCCUGCGAGUGGACCAGCAAGGGAAGAAUGGCCCGCCCUUCCUGGCCGAGCGCUCAGAGGAGGCCCUGGGGGCUGUGGCUGGCUCCCGGCCGCUGGCCAAAGAUGGUGAUAUGUCUGCCUUUAACAAGCUAGUGAGCACCAUGAAGGCGAGUGGCACUCUGCCUUCGCAGCCCAAAGUCAAUCGAAACCUUGAAAGCCAUUUGAUGUCCCCCGCUGAGAUCCCAGGGCAGCCUCUCCCUAAGAACAUCUUACAGGUAGCUAUCCUCCUUUCCUUCUGGAACUUGAGCUUGGGGGUGGCCCAGGGCCAGCUCCGGAUGUGCCCUCCUGCCACUUGGGCCCUUUUGGGAGCAGGGAUUUCCAUCAUUGGGCGCCUCCCUGGUUUUGGACCCAGUUCUCAGCAGUUGCUUGGAGACCCAUUUCAUGGAAUGCGCAAAUCAAUGAGCCCUGUUGCUGCCCAGGUCAGGCCGACUGGGACCAGCACCCCUGCCCUGGAGGGGCUUGGCCUGCCCCACGAGCUCGCCAUGCAGGCAGCCAGCUUUUACCAGCCUGGCUUUGGCAAACCGCAGAUGGACAAAAGGGAUUUUUAGAAGCGGGAUGGGGGGAGAGCGGGGCUCCACAGGCACUCGCUCUCACUGACCUCUCUUGACAGGCAGCAGCGUGUAGCCAAAUCGCCGGCCCCUGGGCAUCGAGGAAACUCUGCGUCUCCUGCGCCCGCCGCCGCUGUCACGAGCAUGCUGUCUCCUUCCUUCACUCCUACCUCAGUGAUACGCAGGAUGUAUGAAAGCAAAGAGAAGAGCAAAGAAGACCCCAUUUCUGGAAAGCCGGCCAGUGACGGGAAAGAGGAAGGCCAGAGGGCAAAUGAAGAGAACCUUCUGUUGAGUUCCAUGGCGAAUCCAGACCGCGACACGUCCCCUCCCAUGAACCCCAAACUCUCCACGCUGCAGCGCUCGACAUCUUCCACCCCCUUGUCCCAGACCAGCCGCUUCACCAAAGAACAGGACUACCGGCCUAAGGCAGCCGGCAGGAAGACCCCCACGCUGGCUUCCCCAGUGCCCGGGGCCCCCUUCCUCCGUCCUGUCCACCAGGUCCCGCUCGUCUCUCACGUUCCAAUCGUCCGGCCUGCUCAUCAGUUUCACCCAGGACUGGUCCAGAGGAUGCUUGCUCAGGGGAUCCAUCCUCAGCACCUUCCAUCUCUGCUUCAAGCUGGUAUGCUUCCUCCUGGGAUGGACUUGUCCCACUUGCAGGGGAUCUCCGGCCCUCUCCUCGGGCAGCCCUUUUAUCCCCUCCCUGCGGCCAGUCACCCUCUCCUGACCCCUCGCUCGGGGACCCCUCUGCAGCUCGCAAUGAUGCAGCAGCAGCUGCAGCGGUCAGUCCUCCACCCCCCAGGCUCCGGCUCGCAGGGAACAGCCAUUGGUGUUCAGACGCCCCCCCAGAACCUGCCGGGCCGGCCGGGCCUGCCCCACAUCCCCCCGCAGCUGGAGCCCCGACCCAGCCAGAGGAGCGCCUCCCCCGUGGGCCUGGCCAAGUGGUUCGGCUCGGACGUGCUGCAGCAGCCGCUGCCCUCGAUGCCCUCCAAAGUCAUCAGCGUGGAUGAGCUGGAGUACAGGCAGUGAAGCCGGGCCCGGGGCCACGGACACGCCGACGCCCGGGCGCGCCCGGCCCGCUCCCCGAGAACCUUGGGCGAGCCCGCGUGGCCGGGGAGCGGAGCCUCGAGCGGCGGCUGGACGCCCAACUGCGCCUCCAGCCCACUGGGCCCUUUUGUCUUGGUUUGUUUUUUUGUAAGAUAUGUGAAUGAAUGAUGUGCAGGUGACCUCCCCGAGAGGUCACGCCUGAGGGUUGCUCUGCAGAAAUAAAUGUAUAGACUCUCGUGUACAGACUUGUGUAUAAACCCCUUUUGUACAUACCUGGGAUGGCUUUUUUGGAACUGGAGCUGUACAUAAAAGUAGCCGGACUCCGCGAAGCUUUAGUUGUGUCUACACUUUGGAGUUUUUCGUUUAAUGUACAUCUGGGACUCUUCUUCCUCCCUCCCUUUUUUUGUUUGUGUUUGUUUGAUUAAAGUUGCAUAUGCCAA